ACGUAGCGAAACGGGGAUGUUGGAGAUGCUCUUACAACUAGUGGAACGCCGCUACCCUCUCCUCGGCUCCUCCUCCUAGUCUCCACUCUCCACCACUGCCAUCCUGGAGUUGCCAACUCCCAUGGCGCUCUCCGGCCGGCUUCUCCUCUUCCUCUCCCUCGUCGCCAUGACGGCGGUCACCGGCACCUCCGACAUCAUCGUGACCAGGUGCUACCCGCCGCCGACGCCCGCUGUCAACGCCAGCACCAGCACCAGCGCGUUCCGCCGCGAUCUCCUCUCGCUGCUCGACGCCCUCCCCUCGGCCGCCGCGCCGACGGGCUUCGCCUCCAUGCGGACCGGCGGCUCGUCCGCCCGCGGCCUCUGCUUCGGCGACCCCGCGCCGGGCCCGUGCCUGCGAUGCCUGUCCGACACCGCCAGGAAGAUCGCCGACCUGUGCGACGACGCGAACCGGCGCGCGGGCUUCCUGACCGACGGCUGCUUCCUGGGCUACGCCGGCACCAACGCGUCCUCCGCCGGCGCGGACGACACCGACAUCAGUGGCGUGACAUUCUCCGGCGACGCCGUCCCUUGCAUCGACGCCGUCGACGUGCAGAGGCUCGUGGCCGUGGCGCGGUCCUUGGUCCCGCUUUCCGCGAACGGCCAGGUGGCCGCCGCCGACGCGACUGCCACGGCGACCAACGGCGACACGGUGCGCGUGCUGGCGCAGUGCGCGACGGACCGCGCCCCGGCGGAGUGCGCCCGGUGCCUGCGGGAUUCGUCGCUGCUGAUGGCCAAGAGCUGGGGCCUCACGUUCGCCGACGGCGCCGUGCAAGGAAGUGUGGCCGAGGUUCUGGGCCCGAACUGCUACCUCCGCUUCCAGAUAUCGGCACCGCCGCUGCCCGUGGGAGAGAAGAUUCGGAGGAUGGUGAAGGAUCACAUCGUCCUGACUGUGUGCAUUGGCUUCAUCCUCGCCGUGGCUAUCGUCGUGCCGGUAGUUCAUGCCUGCCGCAUGGUGACGAGGAAGCUCGCCGAGAAUGCUGCUGCAGCACCAGCGGCGGAAGGGAAGCCAUGAUCUGACCAGGAGGAGGAAGAAAACCAAACAGAAGGCAUUGGCUGGAGACCUGGAGUGUAACCAACUUCCUGCAGGAGCAUUACUGUUAAGUUGAUCUGUUCUAUACUUGGAUGCUUGGUACUCCCUCGUUUAGAUUACUAAAAUAGUGAAGUACUUACUAGUUACUACUGCUUUGUUCCAUGAUCUUCCAUUAAUCUUAACACUGUAAGUGGAACCCGGUCGUUUCGUGUGGUCUUAUGAAGAACUAAUGCUGAUCUUUUUCAGAUCUUUA